ACCUUAGUGUGGCCAUUCCAAAAUGCUUGGAGACUGUUAUCCCAUUGGGAGUUUUGGUGAUGAAGGUGUUAUGUGCUCAAGUGAGAGCUGGGAUGGCUUUCAUUUAUACCGAGUAGAGGUAAGUGAGGAAGUUAAGAGGCAAGGGAGAGCCCAAACCCAGAUAUUCAUUUAGUAUUGCCCAAGACUUUUACCAAUACAUUGCCAGUCAUGGUUCUGUAGGUCUUGUCCACUAUCUUCCACUCACCUAGUUUCUCCGCUUCUGCAUGUUCUAAGAAAAAAUACUGUAACUUCUCCAACGCAAACUUUGUGACCUCUCUGGUCAUGCAGUUGGCUACCUGGGCAUCUGCAGAAUUCGUUUUUCUCAGUGGCAAUUGCUCUUCAUUUCUCUGCAGGUGUCUCUGUUGGCUUUAUCUGAGCCUCCUGAAAUAGUAAAUGAUUUUAGGUGUGUUUCACAAAUAUUUUAGAGAUGAGUGUUCUACAAAACCACUCAUCGACCAUUUAAGUGAGAAUCUGGAGGGUUUUCUCUUCUCUAAUAGCAAAUUUGCACACUGUUGAUGGUUUAAAAUAUGUACUGUGGGCGACCCUAACACUGGGAUUUGGCCAAGUUCAAAGCAGCUGUGCAGAUGGACACAGAAGGCAGAGGGAAAUAGACCCUUUUAAUCAUAACAAGGCUGCUCUUAUUUUCCUAUCUUUAGUGGAAAUGCAUGCCAGACCCUUGUACUUAAAAGCAAGCUGCAAAUGUGCCAGAAUAGACAGCAACGGCAUUUGUUAUUAAUGCAAAGUUGAAAAUGUGACAGCCUGUCUUAGUAGUGCUCUUUAUGUCUCCAUAUCUAGGCUGUAGUGCUGCAAAAAGUGCACAUCCGAUCACUGAUGGUGGGAUGAGAAUCCCCCCCUCCCCAGAACUCAGGCUCUUUGAAAGUGCAUGGCUCUGUUAAUGAUCGCUGAAACCAGCCACAACCUGUCCUUUUGAAAUGGUUAUAAUGACUUAUAAAUCAAUUUCUCGUUAGAAAGAACUUCUUUUUUUUUUUUUCCUUUUUCCCGAAGGUGCCAUUGUUGCCCAUGAAAAAUGAUUGGGUUUGCAACAUAAGGUUGGAGCACAUUUUAUUCUGCCAUUUGUGCCUCAUGCAGGGGCAUUAUGGUGAUGAACACACCAAGCCCAGUUCUGCCUCUCUGCAGCAGAAACAUCCUUUUUUCAUAAAGCUACCCACAUCCAAAUUACAGAUAAAAUAGGAUUUCCUCUGAUGCAUUUUUCCGUGCCACAAGUCUCUCCGAAACCAACAAGACUGGGGUUAUGAAGUCAGUCCUAGAUGGCCUCGCAGACACAACUUUCCGAACAAUCACAACAGAUCUCCUUUACGUGGGCUCCAACGAUAUCCAGUACGAAGACAUGAAAGGCGACAUGGCAUCCAAGCUGGGAUACUACCCCCAGAAGUUCCCUCUCUCUUCCUUCAGGGGUGAUCCUUUCCAAGAAAAAAUGACUGCGGGAGAUGAUCCCCUGUUGAGCAUUAUUCCCUCAGAUCAGGUCAACAUCACCGAGUUUUACAACAAGUCCCUGUCCACGUUUAAGGAUAAUGAGGAGAACAUACAGUGUGGGGAGAACUUUAUGGAUAUGGAGUGCUUUAUGAUCCUGAACCCCAGCCAGCAGCUGGCCAUCGCUGUGCUGUCACUCACCCUGGGCACCUUCACGGUCCUAGAGAACCUCCUUGUCCUAUGCGUCAUCCUCCACUCUCGAAGCCUCCGGUGUAGACCCUCCUACCAUUUCAUCGGCAGCCUGGCUGUGGCCGAUCUCCUGGGCAGUGUGAUUUUUGUCUACAGUUUUGUGGAUUUCCAUGUUUUCCACCGGAAGGACAGCCCCAACGUCUUCUUGUUCAAACUGGGUGGAGUUACAGCCUCCUUCACUGCGUCCGUAGGUAGUCUUUUCCUCACGGCAAUAGACCGGUACAUAUCUAUACACAGGCCACUAGCUUACAAAAGGAUUGUUACCCGACCAAAGGCUGUUGUAGCGUUUUGUGUGAUGUGGACCAUCGCUAUUGUAAUAGCCGUUCUUCCUCUGCUUGGCUGGAACUGCAAAAAGCUCAAUUCUGUUUGUUCAGACAUAUUCCCUCUCAUCGAUGAGACGUACCUGAUGUUCUGGAUCGGGGUCACCAGCGUCCUCUUGCUGUUCAUUGUCUAUGCCUACAUGUACAUACUGUGGAAGGCUCACAGCCACGCUGUUCGCAUGAUUCAGCGGGGCACGCAGAAAAGCAUCAUCAUCCAGUCUACGGAGGAUGGUAAGGUACAGAUCACGAGGCCUGAUCAAACUCGUAUGGACAUCAGGUUAGCCAAAACCUUGGUCCUUAUCCUAGUCGUUUUAAUCAUAUGCUGGGGCCCUCUGCUCGCCAUCAUGGUGUAUGAUGUCUUUGGCAAAAUGAACAAGCUCAUCAAAACUGUCUUUGCCUUCUGUAGCAUGCUCUGUUUGCUGAAUUCCACAGUGAAUCCCAUCAUCUACGCUCUGAGGAGCAAGGACUUGCGACACGCCUUCCGCAGCAUGUUCCCCACCUGCGAAGGAACCGCGCAGCCCCUCGACAACAGCAUGGAGUCUGACUGCCAGCACAAACACGCCAACAACGCAGGGAACGUGCAUAGGGCUGCCGAGAGCUGCAUUAAGAGCACAGUUAAGAUUGCCAAAGUUACCAUGUCUGUCUCCACAGACACGACUGCUGAAGCAUUGUAAGUCAGAGACUUCUCAGCCUUGUGAGAAAAGGAGUUAGUUUAAAAAAUAAAGGUUUAAAAAUUCAACAACAGAAAAAACCAAACCUGUGGCUUAUAGUGUUUGUACCCUCCUGUAAUAUUUCUUUGGUUUGUCAUUGUAAGCUGGGCAAUGAUUGUGUUAAGAACAUUACCAUCAGCCAGUUCUUCAGGUUUUGCAAUUAGGAAUUCAAGCUAGAUUUUCAUAAGUGUUUUUCUCAGAACGUGUUUACUGAAUGAUAGGAUGUUUCCUGAAAGAACACAGAGAAAAUACCAGGUUAGCAGCGGUUCCUUUGGGGGUGUGAAGAAAAAUGGUGAAACCUAAUUGAAAACUAAUGCAUCCUAAACCAAUGCCAUCAAGUAAGAGAAAAAGCUGUGUAAUCAUGCUGUUCAUUUCAAUGUGAAGUGUAUUUCAUGUCUGUAAGUAAUAGGAGGUUUUGAUUUUUUCCAAAAGCAGCAGUGUUGAGUUUUAGAGGUUUUGUAAAACGUGUCGUGUCCUGUGAAUCGUGUGCUGUUUUAUUCUGUGUUAUCGAUAUUUGUCUGAUAAACAAAGUGAUAAGGUAGACUCCGUGGAAAUAAUGUGAAACGUGAUAUGUAAACCCCAUUGAAAAUACUUACUGUAUUUGAAGAAUUCCUAUGAGCUAUUUUGGAAAUUUUACACUUUAGUGGUCUUCUAUGGACUUAGAGGAGAGGGUUUGUGUUCUUCUACUAAAUUGUUUCCUCACUACCUUUUACUUUCACACGCAUAUGAGAGUAACAGCAACAAAGGAAUAGAGGAGGAAUGUAAGAAAGGAAUGCACUGGUUCAGACUUGUAAAUACCACUGCAUUUAUACAGAAGGACGUUUAUGGUUGUACAGACUAUUGCCCUGCUCUUGGGCAUUGCGUGAAUAUGAACACUGAGAAGUGAAGGUCCUGGAUAUUGGCUCCCUUAACAUGCAACUGGUUUUUAGCCACAUGCUGGUGCUGGACCACUGAAGACAGCAUGUGUCAGACUCAAUGUGCGAUGUUAUCACUGUGCAGUCGAUGUAUACUUGAAUUGUGUCUCAUUCCUGUAUCCCAGGUUUAAGCAGAUGCAGAGCCUGAGAUGCCAAACUCCCGUCUUCACUAAAAGAGGAGGAAAUACUGUCAGACAUUUUCUUAUUGUGUGAGCGUGUAUAUAAAUAAAUAUCUGUGUGUGUA